UUUGGGUCAGAACACUCAAAACUUAGUACACAACUUUGUAAUUUUUCAAUUUAUUGUGUUUAAAUAUCUAAGAAUGUGACCUAUGGCAUAUUAUGAGACAAACGAAAACUUGCAUCAGUGUCAUAAAUAAAAGAACAUGCAUUUGUAUCUUACAGUACAUUUUCAUUGAUAACCGAAAGAGGUGUAUUUUCAUGGUGCUAAUAUACUUUUUCUAAAGAUACACAUUUAAUACUGAAAACAUGACAUUUACUAUACAUCAGGGUUUUGGGAGUGGAAAUGAUUUACACUAGCCCAAAAACAGUGAGAACGAUAAACAACAGCCAUUACUUCAACAUUUCUAGAUGGAUACAGAGUGUGCAAUUGGUGAUGGUAAAAAAAUGGAAAGUAACAUAGUCUCAUCUGUACCCCCAAACCAUCGCUUCAUUGAGCCAGAGAAGGCUGUCAAAACCAUCACCGAUAUGGCUGUUUGGGAGAAGUCCGAGGCAUACAUGGAAUAUACGGGAUUUAUUGCGACCAUCAAUGAAUCUAUCAAAAGUAAACCUUUAUCAGUGGACUGCAAAGUGAACAACAAUGUAAUGCAACUAUUACAAGUACUGGAAGAGAUAGGUAAAAUGAUAGAUGAGUUUCCCCCAGUUGAGCAGCCACAAAGAUUUGGAAACACAGCUUUUAGGGAUUGGCUUGGUAAAGUAAAAUCCAACACAACAACUUUGCUACAGAAAAUGAUGCCUGAGUCCAUCCACAUGGCCAUAACAGAGAUCAAAGCUUACCUUGAGGAGAGUUUUGGCAACGCCACCAGGAUUGAUUACGGAACUGGACAUGAAAUGGCUUUUGUUAUGUUUCUCUGUUGUUUAUACAAAAUAGGCUAUCUUCAUUCAGAAGAUAAUGUGGCAACUGUGUUUCUAGUAUUUAAUAAGUACCUAAAUACUGUGAGAAGAUUGCAGAAGACAUACAGAAUGGAGCCGGCAGGCAGUCAUGGUGUGUGGAGCUUAGAUGACUACCAGUUUGUGCCGUUUAUUUGGGGAAGUGCUCAGCUUAUUGAUCAGCCAAAGAUAUAUCCUCCUGUAAAGUUUCUAGAGGAUGACAUCAUUGAUAAGUAUGCUGAUGAAUACAUGUUUCUUUCAUGCAUAAAGUACAUAAAAGAAGUGAAGAAAGGUCCAUUUGCAGAACAUUCAAAUCAACUGUGGAGUAUAAGCUCGGUGGGCUCAUGGGCAAAAAUCAAUCAAGGUUUAAUUAAGAUGUACAAAAAAGAAGUACUCAGCAAAUUCCCUGUGGUGCAGCAUGUGAUGUUCGGGUCCCUGCUCCCCAUCAGGCGGUUCCCCCUGCACCAAUGAACAAGCUCAGCUGUAAACCACAAUAUGUAUUCCAUGCAGAAAAAUUGACAGUCAGCUUUUUUUGUGCCAAUUUGGAAACUUUACGUAAUAAUGAGAAUAAUAAUCAAUUGCAUGUAGGUAUUAAUAAUUGAAUAUAAUAGUGAUGAAAUUAUUUACUUGGAUAAAAUGUAUUAAAAUAAUUUUACUUUUGACCUAUCCUAAAACCUGUUUAUUUAUUGUUUUAUUGUUUUAACAAAUCAAAUAAAAUCUGUAUUAAAAAUAGAUUAGUAUAAAGAUUCACAUUACCUUUACUUAAUUUAUUUUCAUGUGAUAAUAAUACAUAAUAUGAAUUUUA